CUGCUCUAGAGGAAGUCACACAAGGUCCAGGCGAUCUGACCAGGGACAGACACACAGGAAGGCUUACUUCGUUCCAAAAUGGCAUCUUCCUUUUAUCAAGUUUUCCUAGUUAUUAGCCUCUGGGCUCCGAUGUAUUGUGUGUCCCCACCCAGUCCCCCCAGCAAAGGAGCUCCCAGCAAAGGAGCCCCCCGCCCACCCUCCGCGAGGAGCACCCCUGCCUCCCAGGUGGCCGCCAGCAACACCGACUUCGCCUUCCGCCUGUACCGGAGGCUGGUGUUGAAAACCCCGAGUGGGAACAUCUUCUUCUCCCCCGUGAGCGUCUCUGCUUCCCUGGCCAUGCUCUCCCUCGGGGCCCGCUCGGCCACCAAGAGCCAGCUCCUCCAGAGCCUGGGCUUCAACCUCACGCGCAUGCCCGAGUCCGCCGUGCAGCAAGGCUUCCAGCACCUGGUCCACGCGCUCGGCGUCCCCAGCGAGGAGCUGGACCUGAGGAUGGGGAGCGUCCUCUUCAUCAAAAGGGAGCUGCAGCUGCAGACGAGCUUCCUGGACAACGCCAAGCGGCUGUACGGGUCGGAGGUCUCCCCCACGGAUUUCUCCAACAGCCCCACCGCCCGGAAGAGGAUCAACAGCUACGUGGAGAAGGAGACCAAAGGGAAGGUUGUAGACUUAAUUCAGGACCUUGAACCUCAGACGGCCAUGGUCCUGGUGAACUACAUCUUCUUUGACGCCAAGUGGGAGAAGCCCUUUAACCCGACGUAUACGAGUAAAAUGUACCCGUUUGUGGUGGGCAAGACCACGGUGAAGGUCCCUAUGAUGCACCAGGUGGAGCAAUUUGCUUUUGGCGUGGAUCCGGAGCUGAACUGCUCUGUGCUGCAGAUGGACUACAAAGGAGGCAGCACGGCCCUCUUCGUCCUCCCCCGUCCAGGCCAGAUGCGGCAGCUGGAGCAGGCCUUGUCCUCCAGGACCCUGAGGAAGUGGAGCCACUUACUCAAGAAGAGGUGGAUAGAGGUGUUCAUCCCUAAGUUUUCCACAUCUACCUCCUAUGACCUGGAAAGCGUGCUCCCGAAGAUGGGCAUCCGGGACGCCUUUGACAAAAACGCCGACUUUUCUGGAAUCACAAAGAAAGGCUUCCUGAAAGUUUCCAAAGUUACCCACCAGGCGGUGGUGGACGUCAGUGAGGCGGGCACCAAGGCCGCGGCGGCCACGGCCACCAAGCUCACCACCCGCUCCAAGGACGGCUCCUCUCGCACCAUCUGCUUCAACAGGCCCUUCCUGCUGCUGAUCGUCGGCAGCGCCGCGCAGACCACGCUCUUCCUGGGCAAAGUGGAAGAUCCCACCCAGUUCCCGGCGGGGAAAGGCCUUUCGCGGAUGACACGAUAACAACGCACAGGAAAUAAACAAACCGCGUGGCCUGCAGAUCCCGGGGACAUGGGGACAGGCCUCUGUGUGAGGGUCCACCUGACCCCGUGGAGCUGCAUGUGCUGCCCCGAGGCCACUUUUGAGGCUCAGUCACCCCAAUCAGCAGAGAUCCGGUCACAGACCAAGCCCCUGAGCCCAGGCACGCCCCCUUCCAUGCUCUCCCAGGCGGCUGGCUUGCUGGGGUGUGUCUGGGUUGGCAUAUUUCCAUUCCUUAGCCCCUAGGGGUGGUGACAUGCAGGCCAGUGGCCUGUACUUCAGAAUCACAGCAAUAAACCUAAAACGUGAGUCUGGCCGCACAGCGCUCCCACACGCCUCCAGGGUCUGGAUUUGAGAGUGGUCUGGUGGGUAAGUCACAGAGGUCAGGCUGUUGUUAUGCAGUAUUUCAGUGGCUGCCUGAAUUCAUCUAUUCAUUCAACAAAAACGCACUGGGCACCUCAUACGUGCCAGGAAUGAAUCAGGCCAACAGGCUCCCAGUUUGGGGACACAGAUGGGAGUGGUAGACCACCUCCACCCUGAUGAAAUGAAACCUGUAAAUGCAUGUGGUUGUACCGGCCAUGCGGAGUGCUGGGAAGGCCCUCACUAGGAUGGUCGGAUGAGGGGAAACAGGCGGCGAGGGGGUGCUUCUGUGAGCACAGGCCCAUCGGAGGGACAGAAAGAGGCGCUGUGGCUGUGGUGGUUGAACAAGGUCAAAUGGUGUCAGACGUCGGCCAAGAAAAGGGGUCUGGGUUUCGUGGGAGGUGCCAUUAAACCGGCUGAGUUUCUCCAACAGGAAGAUGAGGGUUAGUGUCUGGGUUGGGAAGACCUUUCUGGGUGCUCACCUCAGGGUUCCAUCCAGACUGGUCGCUGCAGCUGUCCUCUCGGCCCUGACACUGUCGCAUGCGCACACAGGGCCCUCGGGUGCUCGGCC